UCCCCAUCUUGGCAAAGCAAACCCCCUCUCUCUUCUUUUCUAGACUUUACUCAGCCCCCCAUCUCACCUCAAGCAAGAAACAGACACAAUGCCCAAGGCCCUUGUUCGCGGAUCAAUCAACAUCGACGAGUUCUACCUCCUCCCGCACAUCGUGCGCCCGGGAGAGACGAUCGCGUCGACCGGCUUCUCGCGCAGCACGGGCGGCAAGGGUGCCAACCAGGCGUACGCUGCUGGCCGGGCGGGCGCUAACGUCGUCCUCGAUGCCCAGGUGGGCGCGGACGGCGCCGAGGUCGUCAAGCUCAUCGCGAGCGGCGGUGUCGACGUCUCGCGCGUGCGCGUGAUUGACGGCGAGGUUACUGGCCGCGCCAUCAUCCAGCGCGCUGCCGACGGCGAGAACAGCAUCGUGCUCCACCCCGGCGCCAACUUUGCGCCGUCCAGCGGCGAGGUCGACCUCGCGGGCUACACGCAUCUCCUGCUCCAGAACGAGAUCCCGCUCGACGACACGCUCGCGUACCUCCGUGCUGCGGGCAAGGCGGGCAUCAAGAGCGUGUACAACCCCUCGCCGAUGCCCUCGCGCGAGGUGCUCGCCGCGUUCCCGUGGGACUGCCUGUCGUACCUCAUCGUCAACGAGGGCGAGCUGUCCGACAUCCUCGCCGCGUUUGACGACACGCCGCUCGACGCCAAGCUCAGCGUCAAGGACCGUGCUAUUGCGCAGAUGCACGCGCUGCACGGCGCAAAGGGCUUCGCAAAGUCAGUCGCGAUCGUCACGACGAUCGGACCCGAGGGCGUUCUCGUUCUCGACGUCAAGGGACCCCAUCCCGAGGUCGCGUACUCGCCUGCCGCCAAGGCGCGCAAGGUCGUCGACACGACCGGCGCUGGCGACACGUUUGCCGGCUACUUUGUGGCCAUGCUCAUGGACAAGGGCGACGACGCGCCGAUCGCCGAGUUGAUCCCGACUUGUCUCCAGGCCUGCGCUAUCACGGUCGAGAAUGCCGGCGCUUUGGAGAGCAUUCCUGCCCGGGCGGACGUUGAGGCGCGCCUUGCUCUCAAGGAGUAGAGCACGAGCACAGGCACGAGGGAGCAAGCAGACGGCGGUUGUUACAUUGGGUCGCAUGGCAUGCAUCGUUUGGCAGAUAUA